UCUAUCUCUUCUUUUACGGAAGCAGUUUUGAUGUCCUUAAAGUUGAGUGUAAAGAAAAAAAAAAAACAAACCAAAACCCAUUUAGGUUUUGUAUGUUUCGUAUUGGCUGUCAGUUAGCUCUUUUCAUCAGACCGUCUGCCCACUCUCACCUCAGCGAGGAGCCUUCUUCCAGAGUCCACAUGAAACGAAAGGUUCAUCUUAGGGGGUGGUGGGCAAGGCAGAACUGCCUCGCCUUAAGGAGCAGCCGGUGCGAGCAUUCUGCCAACUGGCUGGUUUGUGAGAAUGAGUGAAGUCAUCAAGGCCAGAGCUAUUUUCAUGCACGGACACGGAGCUCCGGGGCAGCUGGAGGUGCUGCACAGAUGAAGAGGUUUUCAGAAGCAGAAAAUUUCCCUGCUGACUGAUAGCAUCCCCGCUUCCCACCGGCGGGGGCCUCUGACAUCUCCAGGCAGCACUAGGUCUUGUGUAAUAGCCCAGACAGAGGAGGGAUGGGGAAGUGUUUCUAGCCUUUCCCGGUUAUCCAAAGCCAGGUCUCCAUAUCAAGAUGCUAGGACCGCCCUCCAGGAUAGGUGGCCCCCUUGGUCAGGAAAAUAGGGGUGGUGCACCAGCUGGAGGUGCAGGCUUCUGUUCAUGGAGCAAGGCGGAUUCUUUUUCCUUUUUUUUUUUUCCUACUUCUUUUACUCAAAAAGGUCAGAAAUGCAAAGGCUGCCCUUUGUGCUGACACCAUCCUGUAGGAGAUUAGGAGCAGAGUAAAGGAAGUGGGAUGUGCAUCAUGUAUAAUUUAUCAGCACAUUGAAAACAAAUUGAACAGCACGCUGGACAGUCAACCACUGCACAACAGCACCGAUGUGGGAGAAAAUGCCUUUCUUAAACUCUUAAGAAAAAGAUCGAUCACUUGUAAAACCAAUUUUUUGGUGUAAUCCGAACUGCGUUUUCCCAUUCUGAUCCUGAACUCUGCCUUGUGGGCUCUGCCACUAAAGAGCCUUCAGAAAUGCAUAAAUGAAUAUGUGAUGAGAGAAUCAUCUACCGGAUGCUGUUUUAACCACUUCCGAAAGGAUCUAAAAGUGUACACCGAGCUCCGGCCCUUCAGCGACUUCAAAAAAGUCCAGAUACAUCCACCAAAUGGAGAUAAAUUUAGCGAUAAUGAGAUACUAAGUUGGCGCCUAAGACAUUCACUCCUUUUCAGCUUCACUGAUGCAAGGAUUUUCAAUUCAAGAAGCAAGAGGUAUCGCCUGAUAAGUAGUUUCCUACAAUAGGAGUGAAUCAAAGCAGACCCUCUUCAGCAUGAGUGCACUCAGGGGUCAUGACUGUGGAAGCUGCCAUGAUUCAACCCUGUUGAGCAAUGGGCCGUCAGAGACAGGAAGCUGCCUUGUUUAUUCAAAGUAGGUACCACAGUCUCAGCCAGCUGAGCAAGGUUUUGCAGACACUUUCAUUCUGAAUAGGAAGCCCUGGUGCAAGCAAAAACCAAAAAGCCAAAGUACUUGGGAUAGGUGUUGAUACAGUACUAAGGCUUUCAGAGCUCCUGUUUAUUUUCUUAAUAUUUUUAAUUAAAAAGGCACAACCUUUACAUUUCUUUUUCAGUAACAGUUAACAGUUUAGCAAAGCUCUCAUGUAAGUCAGGAUUGGACAGAGUGCAUGGCCUGGAUUUCUACAAUGCUUGAUGAAUUCAAAGUUAAUGAAACCUUGAUGCAGGGAGGGGUGGCUUCCUUCAGACUCUUCCAAAAGGCGUAUAUUCAGAGGUUCUGCAGGACAAAAUCACCAUUGCCUUAGGAUUUCUGGGCAAGUGGGGGAGGGAUUGCAGAGUAAUUUGAUAGAAUUGGGGGCAUCAUUUGGAACAUUUUCAAUUACAGAUGAAGAAAGUAAUACCGCAAAGCGUCUUUCUUUCCUGAUAAUAUCAUAGUCUAAGAAUUAUCAUGGAAGUUAGAUGAAUGAAUCCAACUGAGAGUUGCUUUCUGUUCAGUAUUAGACUUGUUAUUUGGGGGGGGGGGGAUUAAGAAAAACUGUAGUAAUCUUAAAUGAAAGCUUUCCUAGAUAUAAUUUACUCUUUCUCUGAAGGCUAAAAGGAACUUGAGGAUCCUGAAAUCUGGUAUUGUUUUGAAAAGCCAGGCUUGAGAUCUAACUUCCUCCUUAUUGCUAUGGGACCAAGGGCACGUAACAUAUCUGGGGCCUCUGUUUCCUCGUUUGUAAGAUGACCUUAAUUAAAAGAACCUCCCUGAAAGGAUUGUUGUGACAUUUUGAAAGAAUAGCUCCAAAAGGCCCUAGUGUGAUGUCUAGUAUGUAGAAAGAGCAAAAUAAAGGUGGCCCAUUCGUAUGAUGACUAAUAAUGUUAUUUUCUUCUUCCUCAAGGCUCUCAUUUGAAAGAUUCAUUUUCACUUCCGUCUGACUAUUGGACCACGGUCUGCAUUUGGUCCACCACCCUCACCUCUGAUACUGGAAAAUAAUUUUCCUUCUGGUGGUCUGAAAUGAAGGCUCUAGCAGUAAUAAAGAUCAGAUCAAUGUGACUCUGGAAACAAAUGGAUGAAUGAAUAUCCAUAUGAAGAGGAAAACAAUAAAGAACAUCGACACCUUUGAGAACAGAAUGUUAAUGCUUGAUGGGAUGCCGGCAGUCAGAGUCAAAACAGAGCUUUUGGAAUCUGAACAAGGGUCUCCAAACGUCCACAACUACCCCGAUAUGGAAGCUGUUCCCCUGUUGCUAAAUAACGUGAAAGGGGAGCCCCCAGAGGACUCGUUAUCCGUAGAUCACUUCCAGACACAAACUGAGCCAGUGGACUUGUCAAUCAACAAAGCCAGGACAUCCCCCACAGCAGUCUCAUCCUCUCCGGUUUCCAUGACAGCGUCUGCCUCCUCACCUUCUUCAACUUCAACCUCUUCAUCGUCUUCUAGUCGUCCAGCCUCAUCCCCCACUGUUAUAACAUCAGUAUCUUCAGCAUCGUCUUCGUCCACAGUAUUAACUCCAGGGCCCCUUGUUGCCUCUGCAUCUGGUGUGGGAGGCCAGCAGUUUUUGCACAUUAUCCACCCUGUACCGCCUUCAAGUCCCAUGAAUUUACAGUCUAACAAACUGAGUCACGUUCACCGCAUCCCCGUGGUGGUACAGUCGGUGCCUGUUGUCUACACAGCUGUGCGGUCACCUGGAAAUGUGAACAACACUAUCGUAGUACCGCUUUUGGAGGAUGGGAGGAGCCAUGGCAAAGCACAAAUGGACCCCCGAGGCCUAUCUCCCAGACAAAGUAAAAGUGACAGUGAUGAUGAUGACCUGCCAAAUGUGACCUUAGAUAGCGUUAAUGAAACUGGAUCUACGGCCCUUUCCAUAGCCAGAGCAGUACAAGAGGUACAUCCGUCCCCAGUGUCCAGGGUCCGGGGAAAUCGAAUGAAUAAUCAGAAGUUUGCUUGUUCAAUCUCACCAUUUAGUAUUGAGAGCACAAGACGCCAGAGAAGGUCUGAAUCCCCAGACUCCAGAAAGCGGCGUAUCCACAGAUGUGAUUUUGAGGGAUGUAACAAAGUCUACACAAAGAGUUCUCACCUGAAGGCUCAUCGAAGGACGCACACAGGAGAGAAGCCCUAUAAGUGUACCUGGGAAGGCUGCACCUGGAAGUUCGCUCGCUCGGAUGAACUGACGAGGCAUUACCGCAAACACACGGGAGUGAAGCCAUUCAAGUGCGCGGACUGUGAUCGCAGCUUUUCCCGGUCAGAUCACCUGGCACUGCACCGCCGGAGGCACAUGCUGGUGUGAGGAAGGCUACCUGUCCAGCUGAGCGUAAGAGCUGGAUCUCUUCGUGGCACCCAAUUCAGCAGGGCUGAAUCCCCUUCACAGUGUUAACGCGAAAGGGCAUCACCAUCCCACGAUGUCUGAAAGUCGAGCAGGAAAAAGAAGUUGUACCGCUUCUCCUUUCUGUCUGAAGGUAACCCCAUCAUGACUACACGAGAAACGACUUCAUGCGGGCCUGGGAGACCGGUGACACAAAGGCUGAAGAGACAGGCAUUGUUUUCUGUGCUGUGUACUCUGCCAUUUAAAGAUGUUUGUAGUUUGUACAUUUUCUGAGCUGUCAGACAUGUUGUGAUUGAUACUUUAACAGGUCAUCUGCCACAAAUGGAUGGCUAGAGCAAGACCUUGUAAUUUGGAUGGCUCUCCCCUCAUCCCACUCCCUGAGCCCCUUUUUACAAACGUUUUAGUUACUGUCUAAGUAAGAUAGAACACACAUCCAAUCUGUUACCAGCAAGCGGCAUGAAAGUAGAAAAGAAGAAGCUGUUGGAGAGGUUCCAUUACCUGGAAAGAAAGGAGCACUCAGGCAGCCCUUUGCAAUAGUGAUGGCGGCAGGCAACUCGAUACCAUCCGCGACUUGUCAUUAUGCCAUGCCCUGGAGAAACCCAACAUUGAUUCUUUCAUUUGUUUGUUGUUGAUCGUUUUUUGUUUUGUUUUGAUUCUGUUUUGUUCAUCUGUUCGAGCAGAGGGGCAGCGACAUUUCAGUUGGAGUCUAGUCCUGGUGUCUGCCCUGGCAUGGAUGGGCCCAGAGCUGUUCUGUAGUUGAAUAGGAAGAGCCUGUCAAAAAAAAAAAAAAAAAAAAAAAACCACAACAACAACAAAAAAAAACUACUGCCCCACUUCACAUCGCAGUGUUCUGUCACCUAGGCAUCAUCUCUUCCUGCCCCUAGUAUUUGAUUACAAGGAAUCUGGCCGGGGGGUGGGGGGAACUUUCUUAGACACACUGGCACCAAGGUAAGAGGUGGGGCUGCCCAGGUAAAGUCAGUGAACAUGAAAAAAUCAGACAAAGUGGAGAUGGAAAGAAUGCACCUCUUGAGGAGAAAAGCAAUAAUGAAUAAAAGGACUUUCCUACAAUAACUUCACUGAGGACUCACAUUACCGAUUUUCAUACUUACUAAAGGGAUUGUAAAAAACACCCCAGUAUUUUAGAUGUCUUGGUUACAUUUACAGCACUGAGGUAAUCUUUCUGCUGUUUGUUGUCCUGCUUGGUUGAGUACCACAAUUAAAGAUUACGCUCCCCCUUUUCUUGUUUGAAAACAGUUAUUUGGUGACUAGAAAGGCCGCAGAGGCAUAGCAGGGAAUUAACUCUUGGGUGAAUGGGUCAUUUCUCCUUGGAACUGAGUCAGUGGGAAGAGAAUGCUCCCCAAGGAAAUUCUGACAUGGUGCUAGUUUCCACCCUUGGAGAGCCAAGGAUAAGUGACUCUCCAAUAGGUUCUUCUCUACAGAUUUCAUUUUCUAAACUGUAUUAUUAGGACCCAGUGAUUCUGCAAUGGCAUCUGCAGGGAUGUCGAACCCCCUCAUCCUGUGCUGAGGGUGAGAGGAAAUUGUAGUCCCAUCCACCCCCUAAAAAUUAUGAGCCUAUUUUGCAACUAGCAGAGUCUAUAAUAAACAAAGCAAUACAUCACCAAUGAGCAUUCUUUCAGAAAAAUUAUCAUAUUUUUUCCCCACUAAAAGCUGGGUUUUUUCAGCUUUUUGUGGCUAAGGGGCUUGGUGAGGUUUUGUUUUGUUUUGUUUUGUUAAUUGUUGUUGUUGUUGUUAAGAUUUUUUAUAGCUUAGAUAUAAGAAGUUGCCAGCAUAGACCUUUGCAAUAUAUUUUAAUUACAAACACUUGAUUUGGGGAACUGCACAAAUUAACCUCAAAAUAGUACUAGCUCAUUUUUAAAGGUUUGAACAUUCUGAAAUGAUUUUUAGUUGCAGAAUUAUCCUUUUCAGGAUCAUCUUCUAGUUCAGAUAAUCUUAUUCUGAUAAAGCAAAAACUAUAAACAUUGAAAAAAGGAUGAUUUGUGUUGGAUGGCAAGAAAAGGAUUUUUUUUUUUUUUUUUUAAGGUUCAAGCAACAGCGUAAUGAUUUUCAGGUCAAAUUCUGUCUUCAAAAAUGUGUGCUCUACAUUUUCUGCCACAUCUGAAAAAUUCAUCAGGCAAUUUCCCUCCAACAAGGGCUGCAAUUCUAUGGAUAAAUAGCUUCUUUAGGUACACAAUGUACUACCCACCAAGCACCAGGGGUAUGUUUUGUUUAUUGUGUUUGUUUUUUACUAACUGGAAAGUUUUAUCUGUACUGUAUGCAACUCCUACUUCUCAUUGCCUCUGACCAUUUUGAAUAGAAAUGCCAGUGUCGGUUACUGGUCAGUGGCAAAGAACACAGAGCAUACUGAACACAGAGCACAGCGAACACAGCUGUGAAGCCCUCUAUGCCAGUCCUGGAACCCAGUUGGCAGGUAGUAGGUGAAUCACUCAGGUGAAGGGCAGACUUGAUUGAAUUCUGCCUGCUCUCAUAAGAAGGGCCAAUCCUUUUCUCUGCUGAGAGAUCUUGAGAAUAUUACAGGUAGAAAUGGUUUUUAGAAAUCAUAGAACUGACAGGCAGCGGGAGCUUCCUGAGUGACGGCUUGCUUUAAAUUUAGCACAGAAUGAAAUGAGAUGCUCCCCUCUAAUAACAUAGGAAAGAUUCAGGGAAGUGAGCGUUUCUGCUUACCCCCUGAAAGUGGAAACCCAACUGAGAAAGUUUACUGAUAAAACCUGUCAGCAUUAUAUCAUUUCCCCCUUUUGACCUAUUGAUACUUCUAAGGAGGGAUCCAAGCACAAGUAGUGAAUGAAUGGCUGAUCUAGUCCCAGGACUGAAACUUACCUGGGGCUUGUCUUGGGACAUAGUAAAUUUUCCUUGGUGAAGGAAAGUGUUUCCCCUUGGAAAGGAAAGUGGUUUGGAAGAGAAGGAAUUACAUAUCUUCAGGCAUAGAAAAGCCUCUUCCAUUUUAUCUUAUGUCCAUUCUAGCCUCUUUUAAAAAGCACAGUAGAUGAUGAACAACAGAAAAGGAGUAGAAUCCAAAGGACUUCUCAGUUGUUCACUAACUGGAAACAUUCUUUGGUUUUAAAAUUUGAAGCUGUUUAAUUUGCAGCUGGGCGUAUGUACGUGUUUCGGAACUUAGACACAGGGAGCUGUAAUGGCUUGAGAAGCUACAGUCGACCUGACUAUCUCGUUUGCAUUGCAGAGAUUGAUUUUAAGGAAGUUAAUAUUAUUUGGAAAGUUAUGAGGUUCAGACUUUGAUGUUUUAAUAGAUUCCUUCCUCACAUUAUGAUCUUAGGCUGUUUGGGGAAAGAUUCUCACUUCCCCAUUCACCUCCAUCACAUUAAUUUUGUGUGGACUCUGAGAAGCCUGCUUGAUAACUUGUCUUAAGUUCUAUUAAGGCAUUUAGACUGAAAUUCUUAAAGGCUUUACCAUAUACAUUAUACUAUUUCCUGACAUUACUUUUACAAAACACUAUAGGACAUUUAUUUUCAAAAGCAGUUGAAUAACAGUAACAUAAACCACAUUUUUUUUAACAACAACAAAAAAGAGCACUUUUUAUUCACUUUAAAGUUUAAGUGGAAAAUAGGAAGAGAAAUGUCAGGGGAAAAAAAAACCUUGCAAAAUGCUACCGAGUUUACAGAUGCCAGUUCUAGAUGAUUAAAAAGCCCAUUCUCCUUAUGAUUGAAAUUUGGCAUAGCUUAUACAAAAAUUGUGUUCAUUUUUAUACAGUUGUUGUGACUUCAAAUUGCUUUGUGUUUUAAACAUAAAUAUAAUUCUGCACUUUGAAAUCAGUUCAUUAGAAUGAUAACAUGUAUAUGGAUAAAGAUGCAGUAUUCCUCAUUCUGUACUUUAUUUAUUAUACUUACCAAAGCUGCAAUUGAAUAAAUCUGGUGAGGUGAGGCCUUCAGAUGUAUUAGUACGCCUUUGUUAUAUUGUUAUGACUGCUUAGAAGUGUAGCCAUGAUGUUGUUAUAAAGGUGUCUUAACAUUUAGAGUAAGGAUUGACAGAAUUGAAGCAGUGUUAAGAAUACCAGCAUUCAUGAUGUGUUGAGUUGUAGUCUUUGUGUAAGGGACUGAAUGUGAGAUAACUAUUAUGAAUCAUAAUAGGCCCAGGAAGCCUUAAUACUCAUAGUCCAUAAUCCAGUCUCAGAUUUUGGUCCUUACUAACUAACGCCUGUAAAUUUAGGAGGUAAAUGUAUUCUACAGCUUCAUUGAUCAGAUCUCUUCCUUCCAGUUUUCCGAGGUAGUGCAUCUCAUUAAAAAAUCAAUUUGAUUUGCUUUUGUUUAGUAAAAGGGUUUGGUAAACCAUGUCUUCCAUAUCACAUUUCUACGUAUCCCCACACUGCCUUCCUCUUACCUGUACAGGCACCGCCAACACAUGCACACCUGAAUACACACCUGUAUAUGCAGCAGCCAGUGGGCUAAUAAAUAUCAAUGAAGAACUUUUUUAAAAAAGAAUGAAUUUGUAAUAAUCCAUGCUGUCUAGAAAUGUAAGUUAUUUACCUUAAGGAAUCAGCUUAUGAUGCUAUAUAUGACUUUGCCUGCAUUUUAUAGUUAAGAAGUGUACAUAAAAAUUUUAAAUGCUAUAUUUUCUCAGUUUCAUUAUAGAAUAAUGUCUGUUUAGCAACCCAUGUCCAUUGGUACUUUAAAUAUGCUAAAUACUGUGCAAUUGCAAUAGAAAUUCAGAUUUUCAUAAGAAAAUGAAAUAGGAUACUGCAUCUUAAAAGAAAAUAGAGUGAAGCUAUUUUGCUGUAUUCGUAACAUAUGUGAUAGUGGAAAAGUAUUUUCAAACUCACAAAUUUUACAGAGGUUGUAAAUAGUUUGAUGAAGUAUGUUGGGAAAAAGAGCUUCUAGUUUUCAUCACAAUAAAAAAAGAAAAACUUGUUCAGAUAUGCCUUGUAUAUCUUACAUACAAUUAGCGAUGUUGCCAUGGCAACUCUGUUCCACUUGGUCAGAGCACAGCCCUCAUGCUCCCUGACAAAAUGCAGUGGCCACUUGUCGCCUUUCAGCCAGGAUGGGUUAGAACACAGUGAAGUCAUUUUAAGUUGCAGACAACUGAUUCCAAACUCGCAAUGUCUUUGCUUGAAAAGAGCAAAACAGCUGCAUGGAUGUCUUGUGCUUAAAAGAAAAAAAAAAAAAAAUGAGCAACUGGUCUCUUUUCUCAGUUACCUUCCUCCUCAGUGAAUUAGUUCUCAAUCAGAAAAAAGCAAACAAACAAAUAAAAAAAAAACAAAACAAACCUCUACAGGGGUUUAUUUUUUCUGAAUCCCAGAAAGAAUACUAUUUAACUGUGGCUCCGUGUUGACCAAUAAGUGCUAACGAUAAGGCCACAUGAGAAGUGAAUCUGUACUGGCAGGAGGAAUAAGAUAAUGCCCAUUUUCAGAAGUGAAUUAAAAACUGAAAGUGCCUGUCAAUAAACAUUAUGACCAAUGAAAUAUUCCUCUACUUUUACACAGCAAUAAUUCCUCAUCAAACUGGAUUUUUUUUCUUCCACAUUUGGGAAACACAUGCACACAGAGUAAAUAUAUGCCCAUAGUAAAGGGAAUGUCUUCACAAAACCCCUCAAAAAUUAUUUGGUGUGUUUUGAAUAUACCUAAUCUUAUUUAUGUUAGCAUUUCAUAAUUUUAUCUUCCUUAGAGAAUGUAAAAAUGCAAAUCUGAACUUUAUGAUUAGCUCCAGCACACACUCUGGCAUAUGGCAAUUAUAAUUUUGAGAUGAAAACUUCACUGAUUUGCCCCAAAGUUUUGCUCAGUUAACAAAGGCAAAUUAUUUAGAGCGAAACAUGAGAAGAUAUCUGUUUUCCUUUAUUUUUAUCCACUAAUAUCAAAUGCACAAAUCCUUGUUUACAUUUCUUCAUUUCCUUUCUCCCUAAUAUUUCCUGUUAUCAUCUAAGAACCAUUUGGGAAUAAAUAUUGAUACAAUCAUUUCUCCUCCAAAAGUCUACUAAAGUACAACUGACAUAUAUAGGAGGUCUAGCCUUUGACUAAUGUUUGCAGUUAGUCCUGGAAAGUUCCAGAUUCAGAACUUCACCAUAUUGUCUUUUUUUUUUUUUUUUUUUUUUUUACUGCUAUAAGUGGAGUCGUGAAUAGAAAUAUACAAGAGGAUUAUAUGAAUAGACAAGAGCCCUGGAAAUGUUCCAGCCACACCAUCUCAGAGCACAAAUCCACCCAAACAAGCUAUUGAGGGCUGUCAGUAAAAUUAUACUCUUCCAGAGCCAAACAUUUGGUAAGAGCAAUUUUAAAAGUAUAACUGCGAUUAGACACUCACGCUUGAGACAGUGAAGACUACCACAGUGGACCACGUUCUCCAGAACGAGACCAUAGUUCUAGAAAACCAUCAUCUCCUAGUUCCUCCUCCACAUUUCGGGAAAGAGGGAGAAGAAGGAAAUGUGCCAGGAUGAGGUGUAAAAUAACCAGUUGAGUGUCAAAGGAAAGCCGCUGAGUUCCUUCAUCUCACUGAAGGCCAGUCUUCGGACUGGGCUGUUUGCUGCAAGUUGUCCGGAAAGGUCUAAAAACUCGAAAGGGCAAAAUUUCAGCAAACCCUAACAUAGUACCUAUUCUUUAGUGAACACUAUAUGCCAAGCACGAUACUAGGUAAUUUUUAGACAUACCACCUCUAAUCCGUACAACAGUUCUAAGUGUUAUGAGUGGGAAACUGAGGCAUGGAAAGGGCGGCUGAGUUGUCUGCACACACAGAUACGGUGAACGGCAGAGUAGGAGUGGAAGUUUCCAGGCGCUGGCUCUGAAGUGUCUGUUCUUUCAAGCACAGCACACUGCACGUGUGUUCCCAGGAGCCAACUUUCCAUUUCUAACUCUUUUAAGUAGUUUUUAUCAUGGAUGUGUAGUUAUCCCAUUUUCCAGAUAAGAAAAGGCAUGUGAUUGAUAAUAGCGCAUGAUUUGGCAGUGGUAUGUGAGAGUUGAAAUCAGUUUUCUGGAGAGUCAUACAUGAAGGAGCAUUAGAAACAAAAGAGCAAUAGCCCUACGUCUCCCUGAACUUGUCACUUGCCUCCUGCUGGGCCUGGAGAUCCAAAAAUCAUCAAAACCCUGCCCUACUUGGGAGCAUUUUAGACAGAGCAGGUUUUCUCGAUUCUGCACGCUUCUUUGUAGGUAGACUCAGAGCCUUUCCACCUGUAGAGACCUUCUAGAGGAUAUUUAAGUUGCAUUUGAAAUGUUCACCUCCAUGGAACUAGCUGUUAAUAACAGAGUCCACUCUUGGCAGUUGGCCGAUGGUGUGGCAAUCACGAACAUGCAGAGGAUGAGCAAGAAGAGAGAAGAGAAAAUUCCUUUUCAGAUGUCUCACCUUGGGAUGUUUUAAAUAGUCUUCUAAAUAAUGUGUUAUAGAAUUGUUGUUAGUUUAAUUGAAUUUUAGGUAGGAUGCUGCCCAACAUCAGAGAAAUGACCCCCACCCCUUUUCUGGGCAGAACAAGGUCUCUUGACAGUAUUGAUUCAUGGAAGUGCUAAUGGACUUAGAAAACAUUAAGAGAAUGUCAUUUGAUGUUUCUUUUCCUGAAAAUGAAUCUCCUGAAUUAUGAUCUUUCUCCCUGUUACUUGGCUGAGGGAAGAGAUAAAACCUGUAUAAACAAAUUCCCUUCCAUGCUGAAGGCAUGUUCCAUAUGCACAACCCACUGCAGAAAAGGGGCUCUCUCCCUAGUUAAUUGGGCUUCGCAAGCAAUAAUUUCUCAACAGCAAAACCACAACAGUGAGUUGAAAGGAGAUGAAUGGUGGAAAGAGUCACAUCGGUACUUUUUCUUUCUGGAUUUUCAUCCCCAGCAAUUUUAAAUGUUUGAGACAACAGAAUCGGCCCUUUGUGCAAAGCAAGAACCAGGGACUCCUUGUGUGAAGUAUUAUAUCUUGCUUUUUUUUUCCAAAGCAGGCUUACCAUGACUUUCACAGAGAUUCAUUUUGUUGUUGUUGUUGUUGAGAAAUGAGGGUGAAUCAGAGAGUAGAAUUUGGGUCAAACGCUAGUCAAAGUGCUCACGUAAUCAAAAAGUAAGAUAUUUUAAGGACAUACCGAUGUCUUUCUUUUCUGCUAAUUUUAUUCUCCUAAGAUACAGCCUAAUACAUUAUAGAAAUGGCUUUCGCCCUACGUGUGUUUCUAGUUUGCCCACAGCAGAAUUUUUGUCAUCACAUCCAGAUGACAGGAUAUAUUUUGUCCCUCACCCUUGAUUACACUGGAUGGGUGUUGUUGAACUGGGGCACUGGUGCCUAUAGUCAAGGCUCUUUCCUAUCAACGUGUCUGUCUACAGUUUGUUGUGUUUAAAAGUCCUCUUUAUUACAAUCACCAUGCUCCCCUGCCCCCACGGAAUGGUGGUUGUAUUGUUUCGUUCAUGUCUGUGUGGGACACAUCGCAUCACAUGGCAAACCACCUCCUUGUGGAUGGGAGAUAACUACUUACAAAACCAGCUUGAAAACAUUGUCUUCUGUACUAUGUCAUCCUGCAUCAUAAUGCAAUUAUGUGUAUCAUCACAUGCUCAUUUUUUUUUUCAAAAAAAAAAAAGGAGAAACCAGCAAAUUCAUGUUUGUCCAUAGAAGAAUGUACUCAGAACGUUCUGUGUUGUGAAAUAAUGAGAACAGACCACGUUUAAGAUACCUACCUGCCACUUAAAAUGACUUAGUUAUAAUUAGUAGUAGUCUAGACAUUGCUCUCGGUGUGUGGGGGUCAAUUCAAAACGUCAUAUGCUUUUGACUAAAUCACUCGGUUGCAUUUGAAGAAAAUACAUGGGGAUAAAGAAAAAUAUCAUCUUUGGCCAAAUCAAGCAGGCAUCUUUUUCCUUUUCCUUGACACUUAGCUCAUUAUACUUGGUGAUUGGAUUACAAGCGCUGUGUAAAAAUACAAAAAAAAAAAAAAAUCCUUUGGUUGACAAAAUGUUUAUUCUAGACUUGAAGCCUCUGAACAGCAAAUUGAAUAGAUGUGCUGCAUCUGAUUCUCUUUACAGAUGUCAUUUGACAAAAGGCUCCUGGGUCUCUGACCCUAGAGAAUUUCAAUGCCCAGAAGAGGUCCUAUGCAUUAAAGGAUUAACCCCCCUCCCCCCCCACCCACCCAGGAUGCUGGCAAGAAAAUGUGUUCAUUUCUUAAGUCUUCAUUUGGUUUUCUGUUCAGAGUUUUAAUUGCAAAUGAGUUUAUUUCUCCAGCUUAUGAAAGAUCUAAUUUCCCAAUAGUUUCCUCUGCAUUUAUAUACUCUGUAGUGUUUAGGCAACCCCUGUUAUAAGUUUAUUAAUAUUAUGUAAGUGUUGUUCUUGUAUUUAUGUAUAGUGUAUGUAUUGUAAAUAUACUCAGAGCUUUUUUCCUUUUACUGUAAAAUUGUGAUUUUUUUUUUUUUUUGCCCUAUGAUAAUGUAAAGGGAGACCCUCCUAAUGAGAUUCUCUCAGAGGAUGAUUAUUCCAGUCUAUUCUCAGAGGUUUAAAUGAACAAGUGUUAUCGUUUUUAAUGGUGUCUCAGACAUAUUCUGUUGGUGCAUUGCUUUUCUGUAUUCAACUUUCCUAUGAAUUGAGCUGUGAACCGAAAUAGAGUUUAAACCUUUAACUGUAUGCAUUUGUAUAAUUAUCUGAAUGAAGGCAUGAAGGUUAAAUAAAGCAUUUUGUAUGGAACAAAACUCCCUAAUUAUUACGAAGGCUGAUUCAGACACUUUGGAAAUCAUAGUUAUUAACCGUUCUAAUUAAACCUUUGUUAUGAAAAGUUUUA